AUGAGUGAAAAUGGAAAUAUCUUUGAUCAAUGCCGACGACGUUUAGCACGAUUUGCUGUGUCUUUUGCUCGUCGAUCUUUUGGUCAUCAUUAUUCAUUGUCUUCGUUGAAUGCUUCUACUCGUAUUUGCCAUAUUAAGCCAAUGGGUCAAUUUUUGGAAAAGCCAAAAGUUGAAAAGCAUAACGACCGAGGCAAAAACGAUGACAUUCGGUAUGGUCUUGGAUCGAUGCAAGGAUGGAGAGUGGAAAUGGAAGAUGCACAUGCAACUGUACUGAAAUUAGACGAUAAUCGUUGGUCCCGUUGGUCGUAUUUCGGCGUCUUCGAUGGUCAUGCUGGAUUUCGUACAGCUUCCAAAGCUUCAGAGAAAUUACAUACGCGGAUUGUAUCAUCAUUGAAUACAUUGAUAACCGACUCGAAAUCAACAUCACAAAUAAUGUCCUCCCAACUUGAAUUUCAUAAAUUCGAGUCCGCGAUCAAAGAAGCCUAUUUCAAAUUUGACAGUGAAUGGAGAGAGGAAAAUCGUACUGCGAAUCCAGAUGAUAGAAGUGGCUCGACAGCUAUUUCCUGUUUGAUCGAUCCCGAACGAAUCUAUUUUUUAAAUGUUGGUGAUUCUCGUGGUAUUCUUGUGUCCAAUGAAGGUCGCGUACUUCUGGCAACCAAAGAUCACAAGCCAAAUGAUCAAGCUGAACGUCAACGUAUACAAGAAGCCGGUGGUACUGUUUUAAUUCAACGUGUCAAUGGGUCAUUAGCCGUUUCACGUGCUCUUGGUGAUUUCGAAUACAAAAACAAUACAAACCGACGGCAUGAUCAACAACUUGUCUCACCUGAACCAGAAAUAACAGGCCAUACAAGAAACUUAUCGACUAAUAACUCAAGUAAACAAGAUGAACAGAUCGCUUUUAUUGUACUCGCUUGUGAUGGAGUUUGGGAUGUGGUCACUAAUGAAGAAUUAGCUUCCUAUAUAAUUGCACGAAUGCAAGUCACAGAUGAUCUAAGUGAAAUUUGUAAUUCGAUACUUGAUAUGUGUUUGUAUAAAGGAAGUAAAGAUAACAUGAGUAUUAUUAUAAUCGCCUUCAAAAAUGCGCCAACACCAACUGCCGAUGGUAAAGCCAGAGACGAAGCAAUCGACAAUGAAAUAAGAAAGAAAACUACCGAUCUCUAUAAUCGUAGUGCAAAUAAAGCCAACUUAGACCCAAACACCUUAUGGCAGCAAGUUGUCACAUUUCUCAAUGAACAACCAUCCAUUCGUGAUUCACUUCCGUUCAGCGGUGGAUUUAUAUCGAAACGGUCAGUAUUCGAAAAUGUAUUGGAAUCGCUGACAAAAGGAACACAUGCGCAUAGCAAUUCCGGUGUUGGGAAAUCUUUCGGAGAUACAUGUAUAAAAGCCAAACAUACGUAUCUUUCAGCGAAAUGCAACAACAUCAACGCGGUAUUAUUCUUCGAAUUCAUUUUCGUAGUUUCGCCUGUUGGGUGUCGCUCUGCGCUAGUAAACAUUGAAGACAAUGAUGACCAUAAUGAUCAGUCGUCAUCUAAUUCUUCAUCUACUGAUAUAUCAUCCUCCUCAAGUGGCAACACACUUACUGCAUUGACCCAAUAG